AUGAAGAAGCGCGCCAAAGACAAGAGGACAAAGUGGGUUGCCUAUGCCAUCGCCUUUGUUGUUGCUGGUGCUAUUGCUCUGGUUCUUGGGUUCUUGGGCAGUGGGGUCAUCAAAAACCAACCUUCGCCAAUUGAAAGAAAUGAUGCUCGACCUUGGACUGCCGGUCCUGUGAUGCAACCUGCCGAUGAGAAUAUUGCUUCUACGGUUGCAUCUGAUUCCGGGGAGCCGAUACGUCGAAAUUCUGAGAUGGAUCCUAAGUUGGCGGCUUGGUUUGAUUCACCUGAGAAUCGUGUUAACGAUAAGGGUAGAUCUGAUCGUGCCGGUUGA